CAUAUAACCUAUUUAAAGAAUGAAAAACUGGAUUAUACUGCUGACUAUUGUAGUCAGCACAGCAGAAACACAAAGACAGGAUGUCUGCACCCAAGGGUAUCCUGGCAUCCCUGGCAAUCCUGGGCACAACGGCAUACCUGGUCGUGAUGGACGUGACGGACAAGAUGGUGUAAAUGGAGAGAAAGGCGAACAAGGUCCUAAAGGUAAUACUGGAGAUCUGGGGCCACAAGGUAAUCCAGGAGUUCAGGGGGAAAGAGGCUUGAAAGGAGACAGAGGAGAUAAGGGGAAUGUAGGUGCCCCAGCAGUCCUGCCAAAGAGUGCUUUUAGUGUCGGCCUUACAAUUGCCACUAAAUUUCCCCCCCCCAAUCGCCCAAUCAAAUUUGACAAGGUGCUGUAUAAUAGUCUAAAUGACUACAACGCAGUUACUGGCAAAUUCACCUGUAAAUAUCCUGGUGUUUACUAUUUCACCUACCACAUCACAGUCUACUCAAGGAACGUCCGAGUAGCUCUAGUUAAAAAUGGCAUCAAGAUGCUGCACACAGUGGACAGGUAUCAGGGUGGAGAAGACCAGGCCUCUGGAGCUGCCAUCCUCGAGCUACAGGGAGGAGAUGAGGUGUGGCUGCAAGCUCAUCAAGGAGAGACUUUCAAUGGGCUGUUUGCAGACGCUGAUGAUGAUACCACCUUCUCGGGGUUCCUCCUGUUCAGCACCUCUGACCUGCUGGAGCCGCUGCCAUCGCCUGCCACAUAA